AUGCCAGGAGGCAUACUCCAUCAUGAUAGCCCCUCAUGGAGGUGGAGCCAGUGACAAUGGCAAUUACUGCAGUGCUAUAAACACAGCCCCAGACGCUCUCUGUUACAUUGUAGUACCCAGGGAACCCUUCAUACAGGUUCAUCAGUGAGGUCUGGAGGAGAAGAUGAAGGCCCUCCAGGGAAUGUCUCUGGCUCUGGCUCUGCUGGCCAUCCUGGAGGCUAGCGCUCAGGUGUUGGUGGCUGGGAAAUGCCCCCGGCCUGCUGUGGUCCAGUUCUUUGAUGCGUCCAGGUACCUGGGCAAGUGGUAUGAGAUCCAGAAGCUGCCAGUUCUCUUCCAGCAGGGGGAGUGUGCCACUGCGACCUACAGCCGCCAGGGUACUGGUGGAGAUAUGGAAGUCCUCAUCAAAGAGCUGCUCGCUGAUGGCAGCACCUACGCUUACGUUGGCUCUGCCAUGGUUACCAACUCAUCAGAGCCGGCCAAGAUGGAGGUCUACUACUCUCCAACCUCUCUCCCCAGCCCCUACUGGGUGCUAGCCACGGACUACAAGGGCCACGCCUUGGCAUUCGGCUGCAUCGACUACGGCCUUUUCCACGCCCAGUUCGCCUGGGUCCUGAGCCGGCAGCCCACCCUGGUGAGGAAGACCCUUAAGGACCUUCAGGACCUCCUGGCCUCCGGGGGCGUCAACGUGGACAAGAUGACCCCCACCAACCAGAACGAAGCCUUCUGCCGGGCCAUGGUUUAGGCACCUCCUCUACCCGAGAGGGUCAGCUGUAGUAUUAGUUAGUGUUAUGUAUGUUCAUGUAUAUUUUAGUCAUGUCUGUUUAACUGAUGUUUGCUGAGUUUGCCAGUACCAAAUCAUACCACUUGGUGUCACUAGAGCUUAAUUCAUGAUAAACAGGACUUCCACACGUG